AUGGCGCACUCCUCUGCCACAGCAGACCUGAGCGUCGCCAACCUCUUCACCUUCAAGAAUCAUGUCGUCUUGAUCACAGGCGGCGCCACUGGUCUUGGAGAAAUGGCCGCCCAAGCAUUCGUUCAAAACGGCGCCAAAGUCAUCAUCGCGAGCCGAAAACAAAGUGAACUCGAGAAGACGGCCGCAAGACUGAACAAGCUCGGACCUGGCUCGUGCGAUUAUGUUGCCGCCGAUCUCAAGGACAAGGCGGGAUGCAAAGACCUUUGCGAUCAGGUCAAGAAGAAGACUGAUCGAUUGACUGUGUUGUUGAACAAUUCGGGUGCCACUUGGGGAGCAUCUUACGACGACUUCCCAGAGUCCGGAUGGGAUAAGAUAUAUUCACUCAACGUGAAGGCGAUAUUCUACACAACUGCCUAUCUUCACGACAUUCUCGCCAAAGGUGCUACAGCGGAUCAACCCAGCCGCGUGAUCAAUAUUUCCUCCAUGGCUGGUAUCAUGACUUCGGAUGUGACAGCAGGUCCCGAAGGAGGUCUUGCUGCUCCUGGUACCGGCACAUUCUCCUACGGUCCGAGCAAAGCCGCUUGUAUACAUCUGAGUAAGAUGCAAGCCUCGAAACUCAUGCCUCACCACGUCACAGUCAAUGCAAUCUGCCCUGGCGUCUUCCCAUCGAGAAUGACAGCCUUUGGCAUGACAGAGGCAAUGGACACAUUGGUAUCUGGUCAGCCUUCGGGACGUGUCGGCAAACCAGAGGACUUUGCAGGUCUGGUCCUGUUCUUGAGUAGCUCCGGAGCAGCACACGUUACUGGCAAUGCGAUCGAGAUCGAUGGGGGUAGUGUAUUGAGUGGCUUCAAAUCCAAGAAGAAGAAUGAGAGUCGGUUGUAG